AUCAUCAUCAAGUAUCAGAAUAUCAUUGAAGCCUGCAGUGUAGAACAAAAGAUCUCCUCCGACGAUGUUGCUGACGUGGACGCUGGCCGCGUGCCUGGUCUGCUCCGCGCGCGGACUCCUUACCCCACCAAACGCCCCGGAUUUGUUCACCGAGCUUCCCCCGUACGUCCACGAGGGGGGAGUCUUGUGUAAUGAGGAGAACGGAUGCCUCACCCUCUCGAACGCGACAAGCGUCGCCGGAGACGACAGCCUCGGCCGCUACGUCGCGGUGACGAGGGUCUACGUCACGACGAGCGGCGCCCGCUUCGUCACCGCAGCCAAGCUCUACGAUGACUCCAACCUGACGGUGUUCGAGACGACGUUCCCCAACGGCAUCGAGGGGUGCGGCGUGGGCGACAGUUCGACGCUGUGCAGCGGGUACCCGGUGUUCGAUCUCACCUCCUCCGAGAACUCCUUCCGCUUCGUCACCCCCGCUGGCAACAUGCUGGGCUGGGGGCUGUACUCCCAGGGCAGCUUCUGGGAGAACUCUGACAGGUUCAGGUGGGGAGAGCACGCAGGCAUUGCAGGGUUCAUCGUGGGGCCGUCUUACAACCUGUUGGUGUCCCCCCUGGAGCACCCCAUGGGGGUGAGCAGCUGGCUGGAGGUCAAAAACAACACGGCCGCCCUGCACUACGGGGUGCAGGGCAGGGCGGACUCCAUCCCUGCAGGUUAUCGCGUCAGCGUGAUCGCCGUGACGGGCGUGAAGGAGACUGAGGACCCUUCCUUCGUCCACACUGUUAUGGAAUGGGGUCGUUAUGUCCAACAAAAAUUCGGAAUAGCAAAUAGAUCGGACGACUUCACCACUCAAUACUUGGGUUACUGGACCGACAAUGGCGCCUACUACUACUACAACUCAGACGACUACAGUGACUACCAGAUGUUGCUGCUGGGGUUGUCUGACUAUGCCACGGCGCAGGAUAUUCCCAUCAGGUACCUGCAACUUGACUCGUGGUGGUACUACAAAGGACUGGGAGACGGAGUCAAGAAUUGGACCGCCAGAGCAGAUAUUUUUCCGGACGGUAUUGAGAGCCUCAAGGGGACGGGUUGGCCCAUCCUCGCCCACAACAGAUACUUCGCCAGUGACACCGAUUAUGCCGAUCAGAACGGAGGCCAGUAUCCAUUCUUCAUUGACGGGAGUACCCAGAAAGCCGUGCCUCUUGACCAGAGCUUCUGGGACGGUCUGUUCGAAGAAGCUCUUCAGUGGGGGCUAUCGACCUACGAGCAGGACUGGCUGGACCAGGAGUACGACGGAGUGAGCGUACUGCACACCAACGUCACCCUAGCAGACGACUGGCUGCACAACAUGGCAGUGUCUGCGCGGCAGCACGGCAUUCCUGUGCAGUACUGCAUGAGUCUCCCCAGAGAAGCCCUGCAUGGCGCUUCAGAGUCAUCAGUCACGCAGAUCAGAGUCAGCGACGACUAUCACUUAGCCUUCAACCAAUGGAAGAUCGGUCACACCUCCCUGUUCGCCCACGCCCUGGGGCUGAAGCCUUUCAAAGACGUCUUCUGGACCAGCAACGACAACGUCAACAACCCCUACGUCUGGUGCCAGUCUUUCAACGCCGGCUCUUCCUCGUACCUCGGUCAUGUUAAUGUCACAGAACAAGGAAAGCCGUGCCUGUACUGGGAUACUGUCGACUACAAGUUCAGGUAUCCGGGAGACUCGCUGUACGAAAACUUCUGCCGCAACCCUGGACAGAUGCACGACAGAGCCUUCUGCUUCACAGACGCAUUUCUGGAUGUGCCUGAGGACUUGUGGCAGUGGGAGUAUUGCUCCAUCCCGACUUGCGAUCAAGACUGCUACGUCCAUGAAGGGUACAGCUACAUUGGGAAUCAGAGCAUGACAGAACAUGGCUACUCGUGCGUCGACUGGAAUGGCUUCUUCGGGCAACAAGGGGCCUAUUGUCGUAACCCCGAAGGAACUGAAGACCGCCCUUGGUGCUUUGUAAAUGCAGAUUUCUCUGCGAUGGAUUUCUGUGAUAACAAAUGUCUAGAAGCAAUCGAGUACAACCCCGCUCUACAAUCCGCUGUGUCCACCUUGAGCGCCGGACCGGUGGGUUUCGGUGACAAAAUGGAAAAUAUCAACAGAGAUCUCGUGUUGAAGUCGUGUCGUCCCGAUGGUAAACUCCUGCAGCCCGACAAGCCCUUGACAGCCAUUGACGAUUUCUUUAUGCGUGAUGAUUCACAAGGUUACAUUUGGACUACAGAAACGACUAUCGGGUCCGAGCAUACGUUCGGUUUAAUAUUCAUCGCUGAAGUUGGUGAUCGACAAAGUUGGACCCCCAGACAACUAAACCUUGAAAAAUCUAUGUCCAAGGAUUACCUUUCAUGGACACACUAUCCCUACGAAGAGAACUACAUCGAACACCGUGCCGAUGAUGCUAUCACCAUUUUGGCUUUUGACAAAUUUAUGGACUUCAAAAUCAUUGCGACGUCUCCCCUUUUCGACGUCGGGUUAUCCAGAUACGCGAUCCUCGGCGAAGUUGACAAGUGGGGACACGUUACGAGGAGCCGAAUAACAGGGAUCUUCCUCGACGAAAUCUCCUUCCAGAUCGAGAUUGAGGGUUCAGCUGGAGAAGUUGUUUAUGUUUACAUCUACGCCGGUCGCACCAGCGGCUACGUCAUCAGGGUGGCUAAGUGCUCCUUCACAUCCACGCUUCUGCGUGGCACCAUAGACGCAACAACUGGACUGUGCAGUGAACACGCAUAAAUAAAACAUUCAGUAACUAACAAUAUGCAACCAUUUAUGGGAUUCCAAUUCAAUUUAGUAGACAAUUGCAAGGUACACACAUCGUGACAAAAUUUCUGUAAUAAACAUGUAAUAAGCUGCUAAUAUUU